UGCCGGCUCCUCCUCCCGUGGCCUUUCCCGAGGCCAAGUCUCGGUUCUUUCGGGGAACAGAGAGCGCCAGCCAUGGACCCCCGGCGCGGAAAGGCCACGCGGACAGCUUCGAAGGCUGGAGCCGCCGCGCCCAAGGCGCAAGGAGUGAAGGGUACCGGGACGGAGCCCAGCGAACCUCCCGCCGCGCUUGGGGCAGCCCGGCCCAAAGCACAGAUGUGCGGCCAGGUCGGGGCCCCUGGAUCCGGGAGGAAGAAGCGUGCCCCGGGCUCUCCCGAGAGACCACCGGUGCGCGCGCGGAAUGCCUGUGCCAAAAAGGCGCCUCUGGGUUUUGAGGACGCCGUGGAGGGGCUGGCGGUUCCGGCGGGGAAGCUGGCGCCUCCUGCGGCCCCGGGGCCGCCCCUUCCCAGGACUGGAUCUCGCCGCGAGAGGGGCGCGCGCGCCCCUCGGGAGCAGAGAACCCUGCCAGAGCCCACGGAGGUCUCCGGCCUCGACCUCGGCCUCGACCUCGGCCUCGACCUCGGCCUCGACCUCCGCCUCGGCCACGGCCCACUGGUUCCCUCCUCGAGACUCAGGAAGAAGGGGGCGGCGCCCGGCGCCUGGAAGCCCCGAACGGUGCUGGAAAAGUUGAAGCUGAGGCGCCAGGAAAUCUCAGUGGCGGCGGAGAUUGUGAACCGGGUUGUGGACCACCUGCUGCGGAGAUUGCAGAGCUGCGAGUCCGAGUUCCAGGGUGUCUCGCGGCUGUGCACCGGAAGCUACUACGAGCGCGUGAAGAUUUCUGCUCCUAAUGAAUUUGAUAUAAUGUUCAAACUGGAGGUCCCCAGAAUUCAGCUAGAAGAAUAUUGCAACAGUGGUGCUUAUUACUUCGUGAAGUUCAAAAGAAAUCCUAAAGGAAAUCCUCUGAUUCAGUUUGUAGAAGAUGAAAUAUUAUCAGCUUCUAAGAUGCUGUUCAAGUUUAGGAAGAUCAUUAAGGAAGAAAUUAAAAACAUUCAAGGUAUCGAUGUCAUUAUGGAGAAGAAGAAGAGGGGGAGCCCUGCUGUAACACUUCUUAUUAGAAAACCCAAAGAAAUAUCUGUGGAUAUAAUCCUGGCUUUGGAGUCAAAAAGCAGCUGGCCUGCUAGCACCCAGGAAGGACUGCCCAUCAGUCAGUGGCUUGGAACAAAAGUUAAAACCAAUUUAAGGCGACAGCCGUUUUACCUGGUACCCAAGCAUGCGAAGGAAGGAAAUGGUUUUCAAGAAGAAACAUGGAGGCUCUCCUUCUCUCACAUUGAAAAGGACCUCUUGAAAAGUCAUGGACAUUCUAAAACAUGCUGUGAAACUGAUGGAAUAAAAUGUUGCAGGAAAGAUUGCUUAAAACUAAUGAAGUACCUCUUAGAACAAUUGAAAGUGAAGUUUAGACACCGAAAGGAACUGGAAAAAUUCUGCUCCUACCAUGUGAAAACUGCCUUCUUUCAUGUCUGUACCCGGGACCCACAAGACAGUCAGUGGGACACCAGAGACCUAGAGCUCUGCUUUGAUAAGUGUGUGACAUACUUUCUUGAGUGCCUCAAGACGGAACAACUGAAGCAUUAUUUUAUUCCUGGAUUCAAUCUUUUCUCUCGGGACCAAAUUGACAAAAUAAAUAAAGAAUUUCUAUCACAGCAAAUUGAAUAUGAAAGAAAAAAUGGAUUUCCAGUUUUUUAUGAAUUUUGAAAUUAUAUUUUUAAAAAGAAUCAAGAAUUAGAGUGACUUUAUAAUAACUGGAAUGUUUGAAAUUUGUCACGUCAGUGAUCGACCAAAAGGAAUGUAAAUAAUGAUUUAGCUCUCAACUGUCUAAAGAAACCUGAAUCAGUAUAAAAGGAUUGAUCGUCCUAGGAAAGAGAUUAGUCAAAGAAUAAGAAGCAAAAGGAGUCUUUAAGAUCUAAAAGCUUCACCAGUUUGGAAUGAAAAGAAGGACAUGGGGUGCCUGGCUGGCUCAGUCGGUGGAGUAUGUGACUCUCGAUCUCAGGGCUCUAAGUUUGAGCCCCAUGUUGGGUAUAGAGAUUACUUACAAAUAAAAUUAGAAAUACAUAUCGCCUGAGUUAUAUUCAUCAAACACUCACUGAACACUACUUCUCACCUAGCACAAAUGCGUGAGGAAGUUUGCAAGAGACAAUAUGAGAAAUGAUCAUUGCCUCCACAAAACUGGUAGGCUUUGUUCAAUGUUCAAAUAUAUUUGGAAGCAGUGUCCUGUCCUAUGCCAGAAUAGGCAAGAAGGAAAUGAAAAGAUAAGUUCUAUAUUGUUUUUACAUGUCUCAGGAAAUCCAUAAAGUCAUAGCAAAAUAUAGACCAAUGCACAUGGCCAAAUAUGAAACAUAUAAUUUAUUUUCCUUUAUUAUUUUUAUUUUUAGUAACACUUUU